AUGCCUGCAGCGUCAGAACAAAAGACUCCGAGAAAAAAAAUCCACCUUAACUUCUUCGAAACAGCAUGUACUGGAAAUCAUGAAUGUGCGGGACAAUGGAGCGCACCAGGAGACAAUUCCCGGACAAAAGAUCGUCUCAAAUAUUACAUAGAUCUUGCUAAGCUGGCCGAAAAGCACAAGAUAACGUGCAUUUUCUUCGCUGACACCUACGCCGGCCAUGAUGUCUAUGGUGGCAGUAUGGACGCUGUUUUGAGGGCCGGAACUCAAGUUGCUCAAUUAGAUCCGUUGGUCAUCAUUUCAGCCAUGGCUGCUGUAACUGAUACUCUUUCUUUUGGUGUGACUGGAAGUACAAGCUAUAUUCCUCCUUUUCCGCCUGCUCGUACUUUCAGCACACUGGAUCACCUGACCAAUGGAAGAAUCGCAUGGAAUGUAGUUACGAGUUGGUCAAAAGCCGCAGCAAAUGCUUUCGGAAGAGAACUUGUACCUCACGAUAAGAGAUAUGAAAUUGCAGAGGAAUACAUGGAUGUUGUGUACAAGCUGUGGAACGGUUCCUGGGCAGAUGAUUCGGUCCGAUGGGAUGAAGUAAACAGAGUUGCCUAUGAACCUUCUCGUAUCAAGAAAAUUGAGCAUAAUGGCGAACACUUGAAGCUUUCAGCACGCCAUCAACUCCACCCUUCGCCACAGAGAACGCCAGUUCUUUUCCAAGCUGGUACAUCAAAGUCGGGUAUGGUAUUUGCAGCUAGACACGCAGAAGCAAUCUACAUUGGGGGCAUGAUACCAUCACAGGCUACAGCUCAGAUCAAAAACACUCGAGCACUAGCCGCAGCAGACGGGCGUGAUCCUAGUACCAUAAAGUUCUUCGCAGCCAUAUCACCUUUCAUUGGUCGGACAAUGGAAGAAGCGCAAGCCAAAUUUGACCUUGCAGCGAAGCAUGCCGACAUCAUUGGAGGACUUGCCCAGUUUUCUGGCUACACCAGCAUAGACAUGUCCAAGUAUCCUCUGGACGAAGAGCUCAAGCUCGAUACUUCGAAGCCAGCGGAGAGUAUCGUGCAAGGCUUUUUGGGCAAUUUUGUGGAUAGUAUUGAAACUGAGAAAGAACCGUGGACGCCAAGACGCUUGGGAAUGAAUAUAGCACUUGGUGGUUUGCAUCCCAGUCCCGUGGGAACACCGGAAAUGAUUGCCGAUAUCAUCGAACAGUGGAUCGAUGAGGCAGACAUUGAUGGUUUCAAUAUUGCCUAUGUCAGUAAUCCAGGAAGUUUCGAAGACGUAGUGAGUCUACUACGACCCGUUCUGAUUGAGCGAGGAUUGAUUUUUGAAGACUAUGCUGUUCUGGGUGGAACAUUUCGAGAGAAUCUGCUGAGACAGCUAGGUCAGCAUGCUUUAAGAACCGACCACUAUGGCAGUAAGUUCAAGUUUGAAGAAGAUGAGGCUGUGCUGGGAAAGGAUACGAAUGGACUGAAGACGAAGAGUAAUGGUGCUGUCUGAAUUUGAAUCUUGACGAUUGAUAACAGUUCCUCAAGAGUGUCAGGUGGCCUCAAGACUAUAUUGUGACAACCCGAAGACAUUGUCGUGUGGGUAAAAUCUUACUGUAUCUCCAUACCCCACGUUUAUCUCAUUGAAGACCCAUUACCACCAGCCAUAUUGAGAGGAUACGUAUCAAGGUCAAAUGGCUCAAACCCAACAGAAAAGUCUUGCCCGUUUGGUGGCCACUGAUUGAGAAGAUCGAUGACUUCCAUAUCAUUGUCCAUGUCCGUAUCAAGACCUUGGUACUGCUCGAAGUUGGGUUCUGCUGGUAGCGAUCCAAGUAGAUCACCCGACUGAUACUGCACCUGUUCCAUGCCGAUGGCAAAUGCUCCUC